GGCACAACGCACGUUCGGGUCCAGGAGCGCCAUUGGAAGUUUGAAGAGGGGGCCCCUUCCAGUCACACCAUGUAUCGUUCAAAGCCGACCCUGAAGGACCGACAGCACCUGUACAAGCUCAUCAUCAGCCAGCUGCUCCACGACGGCUACACCAACAUCGCCAACAAUCUCAUCACUGAAGUCAAACCACAGAAUGUCGUGUCGCCCUCCGAGCAGCUCAUGCAGCUCGCAAAGACCGGGAUGGAGAAUGAUGACGCAGCAGUCCAGUACGCCAUCGGGCGCUCAGACACAGUGACGCCCAGCGUGGGCAUCGAUAUGGAGUUCGAUGCCGAUGUCCAGACCAUGUCCCCGGAGGCGUCGGAAUACGAGACCUGCUACGUAACAUCCCACAAGGGCCCGUGCCGCGUCGCCUCGUACAGCCGUGAUGGCCAGCUGAUCGCCACUGGCUCUGCAGACGCUUCCAUCAAGAUCCUGGACACCGAGCGCAUGCUGGCCAAGAGUGCUAUGCCUAUUGAGGUGAUGAUGAACGAGACGGCGCAGCAAAACAUGGAGAAUCACCCCGUGAUUCGGACCCUGUAUGACCACGUAGACGAGGUCACCUGCCUCGCCUUCCACCCCACCGAACAGAUUCUCGCCUCUGGCUCAAGAGACUACACCCUCAAGCUGUUUGACUACUCAAAGCCCUCUGCAAAAAGAGCUUUUAAAUAUAUACAGGAAGCCGAAAUGCUGCGCUCCAUCUCCUUCCACCCGUCGGGCGACUUCCUGCUGGUGGGAACGCAGCACCCCACCCUCCGUCUCUAUGACGUCAACACCUUCCAGUGCUUCGUGUCCUGCAACCCGCUGGACCAGCACACGGACACCAUCAGCGGCGUCGGCUACAACCCCAGCGCCAACAGCUACGUCAGCUGCAGCAAGGACGGCAGCAUCAAGCUGUGGGACGGCGUCUCCAACCGCUGCGUGACCACCUUCGACAAGGCCCACGACGGAGCCGAGGUGUGCUCCGCCGUCUACUCCAAGAACUCCAAGUACAUCCUGUCCAGUGGCAAAGACUCAGUGGUCAAACUGUGGGAGAUCUCCACGGGCCGCACACUGGUCAAGUACACAGGGGCGGGGCUGAGCGGCCGGCAGAUGCAUCGCACGCAGGGCGUGUUCAACCACACGGAGGACUACGUGCUGCUGCCGGACGAGCGCACCAUCAGCCUGUGCUGCUGGGACUCGCGUACGGCCGAGAGGAAGAACCUGCUGUCGCUGGGACACAACAACAUCGUCCGCUGCAUCGUGCACUCGCCCACCAACCCCGGCUUCAUGACCUGCAGCGACGACUUCCGGGCCCGCUUCUGGUACCGGCGCACCACCACAGACUGAGGCGGGUCCGGCCCCUGGCGCCUGCGCCGCCUCCUCCCCCUCUCACUUUGUCUCCACUCGUCCGAGAACCAAACGGAAUGGCCAGAAUGUUCCGUCUCCGUGACCUCGGCCAACUCGCCAUUUCCUUCUCAACUGUGGGGACUUUUAUUUUUUUAUAUAAUUUGCAGUGGAACUUGUGGGACGCCACUUGAAGGAGUAACUUCUCUGUUUUUCAAUUUCAAAAUUGAAUGUCCCCAAGACUGUGGUUUCACUUGUCUUUUUGGCAUGACUUCUGCGUUUGGAUACGCCAGAUCAGAACUCGGCGUUUGUCUCCACCUGACCGAUCGGAUGGACGUCGUGGUCAAAGGAGCGGCUGUAAAGCAUUGGCCGAACACAUUUCGUUCCCCCCUCAUUUUGUUUAAUUUUAAAAGCUUUUAUUUUGAAACAUCAUCGGGAACUGUUGGGUUUUCAGGGCUUAGACAGCCGGUUUCAGCUUUACUAUAGCCCCGGUUAUUAGAUCAAUUGUCCACAUGCUGUCCUCACCUCAACGAGAUCUGAAGUCAACGUGAGCGCGGUCUGGCCGAUGGGAUCCCAAAAAAACUGAAAAGACGAGGGUCACCACGGCAAAAUAGGUUGCGGGGAAAAAAAUAUUGACGUUACCCUGAAAGAAAAGGAGUAAAAGCAGCAUUGCGUCACCUUCGGAACAAACCAUCAUUUCUUUUUAGAUUUUCUCGUUUUGAUGAUUACACUUUGAGGACGACUCACUUGACCUGUGUCUCAAAAGCCUGACCAUUUUUAAAACUCCGUUCUCUGCUCGGAACACUUUUUUGAGAUUUCUUAGCUAUAUUUCUUCCUUACCAGAGUUGUUUUAUUUCUCCCCUCCCACUUUUCUAUUUUGUCUUUGUCCUUUUGUUGUAAUUUUUAUUAAACGACUAAAAGGAACAA